AUGAAAUUUGACAAAAUUUUGAACCUCAAAAUUACCUUAAAUAAUAACCCUACUAACAUCCUUAAUAACCUAUGCACUGGCCUCGAAACCUUCCUCGGCUUCAACUCUGAGUCAAAAGGCUACGACGGCACUGGCAUUGUCUACUCUGACCUUGACAGGCUGUGCGACGGGGUUAUGGGAUUUUUGUAUCAGGUGCUAAAGGAUGUCAGCGAGAAACAGCCUUACAGUGUGGGUAAAACAAUACUAAUAGAGAUUGUUACUGAGCUUAAAAAUAAUUUAUCCACCGGGCGUGAGGGUUUUAAGUUCAUUGCGCAGGUGGCGGGGAAGGUGGGGGAGUAUAAUGAGAGAGUUAAGCAGGGGAACGAUGAUAUGCAAAGCGUUGUAACUAAAAUGCGAAAUCACGUUGAAACUGAAUUAACAAAAAAGUUGAACGCCAUAAAUGAAAAUAAUCUCACUCAUGACCCUUUACUUUCCAAGGCCGUGGAGUCAGCCCAGGCCCUGGCCAAGGAGUACGGUCAAAAAGGUGAAGACUUUAACAACGGUUUCAAUAACAUAACAAGAGACGAAUUCAGUAGACGUUCCAAAGUUGAACUCAAAGAACAAUUUAAGGACUUAAACUCUGACUUGAGAUCAAAAAUCAACAACGCCAGGGACAACGUGUCGCAUGAAGCCAAUAGGCUUACAACGUUGUCGGCCACGCAGAAAAGAAAUUUGGAGGAGACGAUUGAAUUGAUAAAACAGACGUGCACAUCGCUUAAGAAGUGCGUGAAUGAUAAGAUCAACAAAGACGUUACUGAACUAAUGAACAAUGUGGAGAAGAGGGUUGCAGAAAUUUUGAAGGUGCUCAAAGAGAUUGAAAGUAAGAUAAGAGAGUAUAUUGACGAUUUGGCAAAGUGGAUUAACCAUGCGGACAUAGACGUGGGAAAGGCAAUGAAGGAUAUGAAAGGAAUUAUUGAUAAAAGUAUCGGCUGGCAAAAUCAGGAUGAAAUCAGCGGCAAGGCAAAAGACUUGAGCAAAAAGGCUACUGAUCUUUACUGGAAAUUUGAGGGUGCAAAACGGUCAGUUGAGGAGGGAGUUGAUAAGGCCAAAACGGAAAAAGUUAACGAGUUGACCAAGUGGAAAGCAGCGGGCGACGCAGCUGUUAAGCAGGCGAAGGAGAAGUGUGAGAAGGUGGUUAAAAAGUUGAAUGGAAGAGAUAAAGGUGCAAGUGCGGAGGGGGGAAGACAAAAAGUGACCGACUCGGCGCAGAUAUUGCAACAAAAAGCGGACGAAUUACGAAAGAAGGCGUUAGAUGCUAAACAGAAAGUUACUACAUUGGUCAGGGAGGCAUUGACGGCAGUGAAAACGAUGGACGAAGGGCUGAAGAAGAAUCUACUCACAGUGGCCAUCAAAAAAAUUGAAACUGAGGUGAACGGAAAGGACUGUUUGGAAAAUGUUGUAAGGGAUGGAAAUGGUGAUGAUUCAUCGAAGUUCGACGGCAAAACGUUUCCCAACUUGUUGUCCACCGUCACCGCCAACCUCACCGCCUUCACCGACAAUGUCAGGAACCUCGUCAAAAAGGAAAACACCGGCACCGACAGAGACAGCGUUCAUGCCUAUCUAGAGGAUGUGUCUCUUCUGCUCAAUAGUGGAGAUCCCG